CACUUGAUUUCAUUGUCUCAUCAUGAUCCUCACUUGUAUCAAAUAUAUAAAAGAACCUCAUCUUAUCAACUUAUUUUAAAUAUUCAUAACAUAUAAUGUCUGACGAUCAAACUCGACAACGCCGCCAAGACGAAGCUAUUGAGCGCAAGGAAAGAGUGCAAGAAGUUGCCUCUAACCUGCGCCAAGGUAACGUCCCCUCAAAUGAUAACUUAGUGCAAGGCAUCGACAAGCUGCGCACUUCCGAAGUGGUCGACAACACCUCCAAGAAUAUGUCUCCUGCUGGCCAGCAAGUGAUGCAAAAUCUGAACCAGGUUUUGGAUACCUCUAAGCAGGUCAUCCAGGAAAAGAACUCAGAUCAAGAGCUCCAGACCAUCGUACAAGAUGGUAUCCAUGGUAGCAAAGGCGCUGCUGAUAUUGGUAAACAACAUGUUUCCGAUCAGCAUAUUCGCGAGGGACAAGCUAGUGCUCAAGAACUUGCUCAAGAGGCAGGUCGUAGAGCCUGGAACGUCACCCGCUUGAUGGUGACAUCUCGUGAAUUCCGUCGCCUCGUCGCUGACCUUGAAGGCAUCGUUUCUGAUUCCAUUCGCGCCAGUAUCACUGGUGAUGAGGAAAUGAAGCAAAACGUUGGCUCCAACAUUGGUAGUAACACAGAAGCUGCCCCACAAGAUGCUUUCCAACGUACGGGUGAUACUGCCCGAGGUCAUGCUGGUGAUGUGUACCGUGCUGGUGUCGAAAACACUCAGCCUACCGUCGACAAAUACGCCAGAGGUGAAUCCACGUUUACCGAGGCCGGCCAAGAAAUUGGUUCCAACGUCACCUCCGGCAUUAAGAAAUCCGUUAGCGGAAUCAAUCUCAGCCCCGAACAGCGAAACACCCUUCUGCAGCGUCUUAAGAAUGUUCUUUUGGAAGUUCACUCUUCUCAAGAAUACCAAACAGCCGUUGAUGAUUUAAUUUACAUCAUCCGUCAAAUCGGAGAACAAGGUGAACAGUUCGGUGGACAGUUGAAACAAGCUCACGAGUCUACCCAAGAAGCGCAUGGAGAUCACAUUGAUAAUGUGACUCAGUCCUCCAAGCAACUUGUUGAGAAGUUUGCCAACGGCAACAGCCUUGAUCCUUUGAUCAAUGCCGUCCGUGAAUUUGGCAGCCAUGUCAAGGACGAUCAAGAGAUGCGUAACUACUUGACGGAUCUCCGCGAGUUUAUUCACAAAUCUAUCCGUGAUACUUCAUUUAUCCAGUCUGAGGAAUAUGACCAGAAGGCUUCCGAUCUGUUGGAUCGUGGCCAGAAUGAGAUGAAGGAGCGCUAUCAAGGCGACACUGACCGUCUUAUCGACGAAGCCAAGACUUUCGGCCAAGGCUUCAAGGAAGACACGCUCAACCAGAAGCUCGCUGACGACUUGCAAAACCUCACCAAGAGUGUAUUCUUGGACGAGGAAGGCAAGCCCACAUUCAAGUAUGAACUGUUCAAGGACUUUGCCAGCAUGAUUCCAGUCAUUGCUGCUCAAAUCGAGUACUUGCCACUUCCUCCUAUUGAAGGCUCUGACGCUGAAAUCGACUACAAGAUCAAUAACCUUGUACUCCGCUGCUCUAACGUCAUCCCACGCUAUGUCAAGAUUCACACCGACACUGAGGUCCAUAUGGAACCCCCCAGUGAACACAGUGAUCGUGUCCAAUCCACUGGCAAAGGAACUGCUGAUAUCUCUAACCAAGUCACCAUUCAAUUGUCACACGUCCGAGCUGACGCUCGCGAUGUUCAAUUUGAAUUCCGCAAGAAGACUGGUAUCAAGGUAGCCGAUUCCGGUUUGGCUGACAUCCAUAUCCCUGAUCGUGGUUUGGACGUCACUAUGGUGGUCAAGAACUCCACUCCUAACGCCAAUUCCAAUGUGAUGGAAGUCGUCAAGGUUCAGUGCAAGCUCCACGAGCUCAAGCUCAAAAUGCGCGACACCAAGCACGACACCAUGUACAAGCUUCUUUCUCCCAUCAUCAACACCGCUUUCAAGAAGAACGCAGAAAAGGCCAUUGCUGAAGAGCUGAAGAAGGUGCUUAUCCGCAUGGAUCAACGUGCUGGUGAGCUCCAAGCCAAGGCCACUGCCCAAGAUGCUCAUCAAACCGUCAAAAGCAACAUCCAAAGCAACGCCGAUUCAUUCAACGCUGCUGAUCGCAACCGCGAAACUGCCAAAUAAUUGAAAAAAGUAGCCAACAUCCUGAGCGUUUCAUCGUUCGUGGCUCUGAACAUAUGUGUCAUAUCUACUACUCUAUACAUAUUCACUCAGUACAUAACACUCUAACGUUUUUCCACUAAGCUGUUUUCCAAGUACAAUGGGUUUUUCUUUCUUUCUUUAUUAUUACUAUCCCAUAAGCCCAACUUGAUAUGCAAUAAAAAGUAUUUCUAGUCGUUUGGAAAGGAAACAGUCUGACCUUGGCCUAGGCGUGUACUCUUGCUCACAACCCAUACGA